GUUUCUUGGCGUGUAUAUGGUUAAAUGGCACAGGGUGGGGUUUGGGGAGGGGGCACCAGCUGCCACCUUUCCCUUUAAAGAGCUGAAGGGAGGGAACAACGCAGAGGGAUCCCAUGUCACCAUUAGAUUAAGGACUAAAUUGCAUGGAAAUACAGAUUUACAAAACAAAAAACAUCGACAGAGAAAGAAGGGAGGGAAAAACGGACGGAAGAGAUAAGGGAGGCAGCUUAAGGAAUAACAUUUCUAGUCGUGCCCGGCAUGCUGCCUUGUUCGGCAUAAAUAAAUUCACACAGACCCCUCAGUCUGCAACUAAAGACCUGGUUACGGUCUCUUUGACCCUGGACAACGGGAACAGGUGAAGAUACGGAAGAAAGGAUGCUAAAACUAAGAAGAAAGGGAUAGACUGUUGAUGGAGUGAGUGCAUGAAAAUUAAAGAAUUAGAGAGAGGUGUUUCCCCGCUGCUCGUCUCGCUUGGUUGGAUAGGCUGCUUCGUUUAGGGGAUAAAAGUAAUUGGUUAAUACAAGCUUCGUUAAAUCAUAGAAAUGCUUAUUUAUCAGGGGGAAAAAAUUGGAUAUUAGACCUGUAACACCCGUGUAUAUAACGGGAAUAAUUCAUUUAAAGAGCAAGGGCAGCAGAGGUGCAACAUAGGCGAUAUAUAAUAAAUAUAUAUAUAUAUUUUUCAGAGGCUAGUCUUUUAUAUCACUAAAGGAACUGGACUACGCAGUAUAGCACAUUUUAAACUGGCAGGUGUUGUAGCAAGAAUAUAUUACAUUAUUCAUAACUGUAGCCAUUUUAUAGAAAACAAAAUCUUAUGUUUAAGUAGCCUAUUCUGCACUGUCAUUCGGACCCCAUGCCAAGAGGAUCCCUCCGUUCAAUCAGAAAACAGUCAAUUCCACGUAGCAUUUUUGUGCAGUUUGUGUGUUCAUGUGUGUGUGUUUAGUAACACGCACACUGCACGCACGCGAACAGAGCCAGACCCAGAGCGAGCUCCUCCUCCCCCCCUCCCCUCUCGGUUCUCUCUCCUCCUCUCCCUCCCCCUGCUCCUCUAUGCUCAGUUCGGUGUGUGUCUCCUCUUUCAAAGGGCGCAAGGGUGGGAACAAGUCGUCCAACAAAGCAUGUUACAGCGCAGACAUGACUUGUCCUUCAGACAGCGAGAAAAUAGUAAUAAACUGCGGGGGGGUUCGGCACGAGACUUACCGCAGCACACUGAAGACGCUGCCUGGGACCCGCUUGUCCUGGCUCACGGAGCCAGAUGCGUUCAGUAACUUUGACUAUGACCCCAAAUCCGACGAGUUUUUCUUUGACCGUCACCCCAACACCUUUGCUUUCAUCCUCAACUAUUACCGCACAGGGAAGUUGCAUUGUCCCAACGAUGUCUGCGGUCCUCUCUUCGAGGAGGAGCUCGCCUUCUGGGGUAUCGACGAGACGGACGUGGAGGCUUGCUGCUGGAUGAACUACCGACAGCAUCGGGACGCCGAGGAAGCGCUGGACAGCUUCGAGACGCCCGAGCCGGACCCCCCAGAGGACGACCCCGCGCUAACGGGUGGUGCGGACGGGGACUUGAAGAGGUUGUGUCUACAGGAGGAUGGUCGCAACACCAGCUGGUGGAGUAUCUGGCGGCCCCGCAUCUGGGCGCUGUUUGAGGACCCCUACUCCUCGAAAUACGCCAGGUAUGUGGCGUUCGGCUCGCUCCUGUUCAUCCUCAUCUCCAUCUCAACAUUUUGCUUGGAGACACACGAGGCCUUCAACACCAUCUACAAUAAGACAGAGAACGUGACAGUGGGGAACGUCACGAAGGAGGAGAUUGUGUAUGAGGUAGUGACUGACAACUGGCUGACCUACGUGGAGGGCGUAUGCGUCAUCUGGUUCACCAUCGAGGUGUUCGCCCGUGUCAUCUUCUGCCCGGACAAGGCCGAGUUCUUCAAGAGCUCGCUGAACAUCAUCGACUUUGUAGCCAUCCUGCCCUUUUACCUGGAGGUGGCGCUGAGCGGCCUCUCCUCUAAAGCGGCAAAAGACGUGCUGGGCUUUUUGCGCGUGGUGCGAUUCGUCCGAAUCCUGCGAAUCUUCAAGCUUACUCGUCAUUUCGUGGGGCUGAGAGUGCUGGGUCACACGCUCCGCGCCAGCACCAAUGAAUUCUUGCUCCUUAUCAUCUUCCUUGCUCUCGGAGUGCUCAUCUUUGCCACUAUGAUCUACUACGCCGAGCGCAUCGGCGCUGACCCGGCUGACCCCACGGCGAGCGCCCACACCACCUUCAAAAACAUCCCCAUUGGCUUCUGGUGGGCGGUGGUCACCAUGACAACACUGGGCUAUGGUGACAUGUAUCCAGAAACGUGGUCUGGUAUGUUAGUGGGCGCCCUGUGUGCCCUGGCGGGCGUGCUGACCAUCGCCAUGCCUGUGCCCGUCAUUGUAAACAACUUCGGCAUGUACUACUCUCUGGCCAUGGCCAAGCAGAAGCUGCCCAAGAAAAAGAACAAGCACAUCCCGCGGGCUCCGCAGCCUGGAUCGCCCAACUACUGUAAGCCAGACGCCCUGGCCAUGGCCACUGCCUCGCCGCACAGGAUCAUGGGUAAUGUGCUGGGCGGUAUGGUGGGCUCUGGAAGCAUGGCAGGAGACUGUCCUCUUGCACAGGAGGAAAUCAUAGAGAUUAACAGAGCAGACUCAAAGCAGAAUGGGGAUGCUGCAAACGCAGCUCUGGCUAAUGAGGACUGUCCCACCAUAGAUCAGGUGCUGGGGCCAGAUGACAGGAGUCCGGCCACUGGUGGGUUGGGGACAGGUACGGGGCGUGAACGUUACCCCCACGAUAGGGCCUGCUUCCUUCUCAGUACCGGAGAAUUCCGCACCACAGACAGCAAUGUCAGGAAAGGUUGUGUCGUGUCAUGCGUUUCUGCUGGCUACGAGAAGUCCCGCAGCCUGAAUAAUAUUUCCGGGAUGACAGGGGCCCCCCUGCGCCUGACCCCCAUUACCCCCAUCAACAACCCACCCUACGAACCCUACGAGUCCCCUGGCCCUCUGCGGCGCUGCCGAUCCCCCAUACCCUCCAUUCUGUAGCACAUCUUAGGGAAAGGCAACGAAAUAAACAGAAAAAAAGACACUCAUGCACCGUCAUACCGCAAUAGUAGUAAUAAUCAUGAUAAUGAUGCUAAGUACUCACACCUCCGCUCCUCCAUUGACUGGACAGGGUGGGGGUACACACCACUCUUUUUAAUAUGUCGUGCCUCAAAGGGAAUGGGAUAAAUUUAUUUAGGGAUUUAGAGCUUUAAGUACUAAAACGACUUCAUCACAUAUACUUCAGGCAAUAUUUCAGACAGGCAACUAAAAACAAUUAUAUGCUGUAACGUCAGCGGAUUAUGCCUUAUUAUCGAAGAAAAAAAAAAAAAAAAGAAGCACUGAAUAUUAUUAGGAUAAAACUCCUCACUGGUCCAUAGGCAGUACCGACGAGUACCCUGUAGGAAAUCUUUCCCUGUAGUUGAAUGACAGUAGUUGGCUUUCCCACAUGUUCCUGCCUGAUUGCUGGUUGUAUUAAAAAAAAAAACGAGACCGUGAUCCAGCAGGCUUAUUCAUUGACUACUAGUCGCUGAGAUCAGCUUUGAUACACCAUUAUAGGCCUUGAAAAAUCCACUUCAUAUCAAAGCUUGGAAUGAUAAAGGUCAUAGGUCACAGACAACAUGCAAGUAGUUCAAGUGCAUGCAAGAAAAGAUGUCCGUUAGGCAAGUAGAAUAUAUCUAAACUCCCAAUUCCCUUUAACUGCUAUGAAGAUUUGAAAAUGAAUGCACUGUAUGCUGGACUGAUUUGGACGUACAAAUAAGCCCUGCAGUAGAGAAUUAAUGGAUUGGAUCAUUUUGGCUGAUUUGACUGUGAUGAAGGAGUUUUUGGUGAUUCAGGCCAUAGAACAUGAUGAGUAUUAUUAUUAUUAUAACACAAGGACUCUUAGGCCACAAUUAUUCACACCCGGUAUUUCCUACAGCAACAUUUGUUGUCACUCAGUAUUUAAAAAAAUAUAUAUAAUUCACACCGUUGUUCUUAUUAUUAUUAUGCUAUUUAUUUAAGACAAAGAAAAAUGCUUAAACCAUUCUUGUGCAAUAUCAACUAUUAUGAUGACCUCUGACCCUGAGGAGCUGGAGAUGAACCAUUCAAUCUUUACUGUGUGCAACUAUUAACUGUAAAAGAGAGACCGAGUACUGAUCAUUACAAAAAAAAAAAAAAGAGGCUAUUUUUGUACUAAGCAUUUGGACAUUGCGAUUCGGAUUGGGGUUUGGAGUUGCGCGGGUGGCUUUCAGUUGACAUUUUGGGAGGACAGGAUAUCGUGCUGUUGCAUGGAGAUCUACAAUUAAUGUGUUGGUUUUUGUAUUUUGACUCUCUACAUAUUCAACACCAAGUACCACGAAACAAAAAGAGCAGUGGUCUGGACACAUGGCAAAAAAAAUAAAAAAAAAUAAGAAGGAGCCAUCCUAUUAAGGGCCUAUAACCUUCUGCACUUCUUCUGGACCCUUUCCAAUUUGUAUACUAGUGCAUGAAGGAACUUCCUUUAAAAUAUAUCCUUUCCUAUGGUAUUUCCUCAUAAAUAUGAAGACAUAUCAAGCUGAACUGCACUCCUCACUGCAUAUUCGCAUAUCCUGUGGUGAACCAGAGAGUGGCCUCAAAGUUUUCCUACUAAGGGCAAGAAUUAGCUGGACCUCAUCAUCACCAUCAUUGGCAUUACCCUCCCUCAUUAUAAUCAUUUUCUGAUUACUGUUAUUCCUAUUAUUUGAAUGCAGUAUUUGAAUCAGUUCAGUUUGUUUUCUCUUUGGUCCCCUUCUUUUCUUUCUCUGUUUAUAUAUAUACUUUGCCUGCUCUGUCUCUCGGAUGCUGACCUUCGUUCCAAUAUAAAGGAGGGAACAUUGAAUGGAUGCUGGAUUGACAGCGAGAACUAUUCUGAAAGCCCAGUGCUUAUCAGAUAUAUGCAAAAAGAAGCAGUAACUGUGAACUAAGACUAGAACAGAAAAUCCACUUCUUCCUUCACAAAAACAUUCCCAUACGAACACCCGAGCCCCUGAACCAGUAUCAGCUCCUGUGCAACUCCAUCUUAGUUUGUAUUCUCAUCUCAUGACCUCAUCAGUCUUGUUUAAUCAUCUUAGUUUUGCAUUAUUAACGAGGAGAGUAGUAGUUCUGUUUCCCCUUGCUCUUGUGUUAACCUCUAGCCUCCUCUGCUGGUUAUAUGGGGGAUGAACUGACAUUCGGUGUUGUAGAUCAUUAGCACUCUUCGGUCACUUUAGAGGCUGAGAAUACUGAUUUUAGCCCUUAAUGUUUACCUGUUCUAUAUAAGAUUAAAGAAAAAGAUACAUUAGGCAUUUUUAACAAACUCAGACCAGAAGGAUUUCCUGUUCUCUCCUGUGUGAUGAGUGAAAACACUCACUAAAGUCACUAAAACAAAAACACUGAUCAGAGCAGAGAGAAAGAUGCUAAUGCCAACAAGUCUGCUCACUACAGCAAUGCAUGUUUCCACACAUACAAGAUAGCUAGCACUUAGCAUCCUAGUGCAUUUUGUGGUUUUGCUGUGUGUAGUCUAUCUGUAAAGGUGUAGUCAGGGUGGACAGAGUGGAUGGAAGAGCUCCACUUAUAUCCCUUUAUCUCAAUCUUGAAGUUAUGACAUGGAAGAGCCAGGCCUCCCUGCCACUAGUUAGCAUAGUUAGCAGAUGCCCUGGGAAGCAGAGGCUGCAUGCGAUCACGGAGGACAAUGUAAAUAAUUCUCUGCAUGUGGAGUUAACAGCACAGAAACUAUUGUUUGAUUCAAAUGUGGCAUUUGAAACGGGGAGAGCAGGUCGAGUUCAAAUGAUUAAGCGACAUUACCCAGUAUCCUCCCUGUCUCUGUCAGACGUAUGCUCCCCUGUCACUACUCAGGUAAAUCUCUUUUUGUUCGUCUAUACCAGUGCUUCCAAAAUGAUGUCAUUCGAAACAAAGAGAGACGGAUGAGUUACGAUCACCCCGUGUACACAUGCAUAAGUGUAAAUAUGAAAUCAUUUUUGAUCCCAACGCUCAUUGCAAGUCUUCCUUAUUCACGGUGUUCUUUAUUUUGUCAUUUCAUUUUUCAUUUUCAUUUAUUCCCAACUACAAACUCUUACUGCUUCCAAAUAACAACCAAAAAAAAAAAAAGCCCGGAGGACAUUAUGAGAAACCGAGGAAAAAUAAUCAGUGAUUUGUUUAAAAAAAAAAAGAAAAAAGAAAAGAAAAGAAAAAAACUUUUCAAACAUAGUCUGCCAUAAGUGGAUUACCAAGAAAAAAAAAAAGAAAAAAACCCUAUGUGGAAUCAGGACGCAACCAAAAUCAGGACAUGAAAGCAUGAGGGUCAGAUGGACAGAUUGUGUGUUUGGGGAACAGAGUAUUGGGAGGAUUGUCAACAAAUGAAGAAAGGCAUCGUGAAAUGGAGGACAGUUUGAGGAAGAAAGAAAAAAAGCAAAGAGAGGAGGAAGGGAGCUGAACGCUUCUCAGUGUAAGAAUUGCUGAGCUUCUGAACUGCCCCAUUUUUCGAGCUCCCCAACUGCAAAACCUGUCCAGAGGCAAACACCGGGGUGACUGCAGGAAUUAGAGAUGGCGAAAGAGAGAAAACGAGAGAUGAAAGGAGUGCUGCGCUAAACCCACUUGAAGAAAACAUUGUAACGUUCAUCUCUCCAUUACUAAUUUAAACCCCCAACAUAGGUGCAAUAAACAUAAGAUAUCACGUCCUGGGAGGAUGUGGAACACAUUUUCUUCCUACCGGAAUUGCCGUCCUUGGGAAAAGGGUGGGAUUCAGCAUACAAACUGUAGUAUGUCCUAGCAAGACCCUUCCUGGUGGAAAUGGAUGCAAUUUUAAAGUGAUGAGAACUAUUUUUGUGGGGUGUUCCACCAAGAUAAAUGCACCUGAAAGUGGACAACAAAACCCUCAAUCCAGUCUCAGAUACAAAUAAUGUGUGGAAAAACACCCAUCAUGCUCUUCAACGCUAUGCAAUUCAACCACACAUUCACAGGCGAGUUCAUCAAGCACUUCGAUUGAGCAGUUUAUCAGCCAAACUUUUUUCCACUCCUUUAACUUUUGGAGAUCUUGCACGUGCUUCAAAUGAAAAUAGACAGCGGCGUCAUUGGCCUGCCUCAUUCCUAUAUCGUACAAACAGUUUCCCCAUUCAUCCAAUUGUUCAGAGUGUCCUUCUCAGGGCCCACGGAAAGGUGACUUUGUCCGCUAUGAAGAAAAGAGCGUCAGCCUCUCUCUUUUCUCUCUCUCUCUUAGUUCAGCUCUCUGCAUCUCAGCAUUUCUGUUCCACUGUAGAUGAACUGCAUGGCAUGAAUGAGAAAAAAAAAAAGAAAAAAAAAAAAACAGAGAGAAAGAUGGUAGAGAUCAUGCUGAGAGGAGCAAGAGGAAACCGUAGACAGGACCGCUCUGUUUGCACAGUACAAUAUGGGUGACUCUGGACCAGUGGAUGGGUUCACGGAGGAAAAACGCAGGUCUUUCACCUUCAUGUGGGGAACACAAAAUACAACAUGAGUGCAUGACACCCGUUGAAGGACAGAGGGGUUUUUAAGUGGACUGGAUGAACUAUGAACAAAAGCUGAAAAAAAAAGAGAAAAUUAAAAAUGCAUUUUUCUCACUUUGUUUACCAGCAUGACUAAACUGCAUGACUUCUGCAAGCCCUGAACCCCAAAUUAGAGGGCUUGGAAUCACUAAACACCGAAAUCAAAUGGAAACAAUACAAGUUUAUGCUAAAUGCUACUAAAUUUAGAAGAAGAAAAAAAGAGAAUAUAUUUAAAAAAGAGAGAGGCUCUAUAUUUUGUUUUUGAAUAAAAAAGAAUAAUGUAAAAUAUAUAGGAUUGCAAGAUUCACACAGUUUUGUUGGAUAAAAGAUAAACAAACCCCACUGAGUCUAGCUGAAUGACGAGACAAACUCCUUUAACUACUACUGCUCCCUACAUGGCUUCAAGUGACAUUUCUUUUCUUCUCUUUCUCCGCCGUUUCACCCCUUACUUGAGCUCUCCUGGCUCUCUGCUCUGCCCUUCACGAUCUCCCUCAGUCAUGGCAGCCUCCAGCAGUGGCACGACAGCUCCUCUGGAGACCUCCGACACCUACAGGGCUCUUUUCUUUUGACGGUUAUGGGUCUAAAGAGCAAGGUGGAAGGGGAUUUUAAGGCUGUGGGUGAAGGUUUCUUUUUAAGUUGAGUCCCGAUGGAAAGUUUUGGGUUGUUUUGCAAUGUUUGUUCUUUUUAUUUCAUCCACAUGUUGUGGGUAAAUCGAAGCUUUAUCCAUCAAAAGUGAGCCUGAGUCCACUUAAUAUCAAUCUAGUGAAUAUUAGCAUUGUGUGAACUGCUGUGUCUUGAGACCCUGAGUACUUACAUCACAAAGCACUAUUGUCCAAUCAGGAAGCCAUAAUGUGAGAGUAGCGCCACCAUCUGAGCUCAAACGUGCUCAGGAGAACAUGCUGGUUCAGAUCCCUGAACAUGGUUUUGUAGUUCUUAAGUUGUCUUGGUUUUGUUUAAGAUGUUGACAUUAGCACUUAUUUCAUUCUAUAUUUUCUGAAUAAUUCUGCGGGAUACAGAGCUUUGCAAGGUUUUGACAAGAUUUUUGUUUUUCAAUCAUUUAAUAUAUAUUUUCUGGAUUACUAGAUUUUACUAUCAAAGUUUCAAAAAAUGAUUUGCAUAUGCUGAGCACCCACUAAAACCAGCCAUGCCACACCAAAAUGGACUUCCUUAUUAACUUAGCAGCAGAUUUCUGAUAUUAGCAUUAGAAUUAGCAUUAUCCUGUGUGAGAGGAGGACAUAAUUCCAACAAUGUCACUUUUAAAUCAUAGAUUACACAUGUGAGCAGAACUUUCCUUGUCUUCUUUGUUUCACCAACAAGAUAUGAACCACGUUGUUUUCAAAAGAGUCUGGUUAGGUGUUAGAGUAUGUUUACAUUGAUUUAUGUCAUUUAAAGUGUCAUUUGUUGUCUUAAAAUCUCAUGACCAUGUUCUGUCAGUAUUUAUCAUUCAGAAUCUAAUGUAAGCUUAGUUUAGUAACUACCUAUGCAACACCUAAGCAAGACCUUGCUCUCACACACACACACACACACACACACACACAUGCCAUGUGCUCAGGCCAGCUGGCUGAUGUCUGUUUACCGGUGCUGUGUGUCCAAGUAGGGAAAACGACACAGAUACAGCUCCAUCACCACAAGAGCCAGCGUUUCUGCUGACCGUGUAGUGUUACUUCAAACGUUAGCAGCUGGCCCAAGUAGCUUGAAGGUGCGACAGAUGUAUGCAGCUGUAGUAGCCAUGUCGCUUUCUUUAGUGGUGCACUGAACUCCCUUUCCUUCUCUGUUAACAUGUCAGGCCUGUUUUACGUCCUUUGCAAUGUCUUUCCUGCGUGCUUCAGGGUGCAGGAAGACACUCAUGCACUUUUCGAGUUAGCAUAUACAUUUAUAUGUAAGCAUAUACUCAUCUCAGAGGGUAUGUAGGAUAUAUAUGUUAUCAGAACUUGUUUUAUAUGUGGUACUCAGUUCUAAAUUGCAUCUCACAAACGUUUGCUGACUGGUUAAGAAAACGUGUACCUCUCUGGUUGUUCAUAAAGUCAAAUUGGACGGUGUUUUGGAGCAAUAAUGAUGGAGGGCCAGCUUUUUCUCAUCGUCGCCAUUAGGAAUUGGGGGGACGUGUUCAUCUCAUCCCUAAUAAGAACCCAGUGUGCCUGAAACUGUUCCCUGAAUGUGUAUGUAAACAGCCACAUCAAUUAAACACGCUCUCUCUGCAAAAGCUUCCCAUGAGGGUUUGUCUUAGUGUGAAUGAGACCACAACCCCUCCAGGUGGCUGACCGCUCACAUACCUUUACUUGAAACCCAAAUACAAAACAUAUCAGAGAGGAGCAGAACAAAGCCAGAAUCAGUCUCCACGCUUACUCAACUUCCUGUUUGCAUCCCCUGCCCCCCUCUCAUCUGUUCCCUCUCCUUCUCAAUUUUUGAGGAAGAAGCUUUUUUGCAUCCCUUGUUCUUGUGUUUUUCUAUCAUAUUGUUUGAAUUAUAAUGCAUGCAUGGAAUACAAUGAGGACAUAACUUGUGAAUAUUUGUGAAUGGCCAGAAUGAGGUAACCGUCUCUUUCACCUGGGCUCUCUACUCUGUGACUUCUCUCUCAGAGACAUUUAGAGAGGAAGAAAGAACAUAUUGUUUCUGGUUUCCCUUACCCUUCUCCGUUUCUUCAAAAUGUAGCCGUACCAAAUAUAACUUGUGGCUCUAUGCUAGCCAUUUCGAAAGACUCUAUUAACAUGUUUAUAUAUUGUUUUCAAGAUGAUAUUUGCGAUGUCUGUGUAUCUGUAGUAAAUAUUCAUCAGAGCUUCCACAGACUCAGAGCAGAACAGAUGCAGCAGUUGUGAGGGCAGAUGUCAGCAAAACACCCUGCAGGAACUCAGUUUUCACUGCGUGUGUCUGUACAUUUGUUAUAGUAUAGUUUGGCCCAAUAUGCACUACCUGUUUUUGUAUCUUGUCCUUUUAUACUUUAGUUAUUUUAUGUAGCUUGUUUAAAGGGGGGGAAUUCAUUGCACUAUCACAGCUAAUGGAGCUGCUGUGUCUACUGCUGAGCGCAACCCUAACCAUAUACCCCCAACCCCCCAGGGAUAGAGAGAACGAGAGAGAGAGAGAGAGUUAGAAAGAGAGGCCAGUGAGAAAGAGAAGGUCCCUAAAAGAAAUGGAUGAGUUCUAUGCUAUUAAGAUUGAUGCUGGAUACAAUUUUAUUGUCAUACAAAAAAGGGAAAAAAAUAUCAAGAACUGUAUAAAAUAUAUUUCAAUGGAAUGUUUAUUAUUUACCUUUUAUAUUUUUGAAAUGUAUAAAGAAAAAAAUUAAUAAACUGUAAUAAUUUAACAGAGUUUGUGAAAACUGAGACUUAAAAAUCGUUAUAUUACUAAAAGUAUGAAAGUUUGAACGUGAAUGCUAACCUACCUGAUCAAAUCUUCUCCAUUAGAUAGGGAAAAAAAAAAACAAUUAGAAAAAUGAAAUCCAAUUUAAAAAGAAAAAGUUAUCAAAAAAUCAAUAAAAAUGUUAAAAGCUCAUGCCAAAAUUUUCAA